GAUACCAGUUCUCCGUGCCGCACACACGCUAUUUCACGUGUAUCACGUGCCGCGUCUUUCAUCUCCUCCUCCUGACAAGUGCGGACUUUGUCUUCCGCGAGUAUACGUGGUUUGCCCCUGCGGAGGAGGAUUUAGGUAAUGCGGGCUCGAAAAUACGAGCCGUCGCGUCACAGCAUCCCGUCGCCGACCUUUUCGUGUUCCUGGCCAUUUGCGGGCUCCUCUUCGCGUUCAUGAUACUAUCCGCGAAUUCUCCCAAGAGCGGAGUGUCGAGCUACGAUACGAGCAACAUCGAGAUGAUUUCUAUGGCUCUUGAAGAGGAUCCGUCGUCCUUCUGGUACUCGAAAACCGUGGGAUUAACGAGCUGCUUCAACGCUUGCGGCGACUCGAUUCAUCCAUCGCACGAUGUCGUUUCCAAGAUGCAGAAUAUCUCGCGUCCGGCUAUCUCAAAUACCAGGGUGUCACCACAAUCUAGAAUCUCAAGUUACAAAGCGCGUUCUAGCUGCAUUAAGCAUUCUCAGAAGACGCAGGCGGGUCGUCUGGUUUCUCAAAUGACACCCCGGGAAUGGUUGAUAAGGCGCACCAGAAGCGGUCACGUCUAUGGAAAAUAUCCGAUUUAGAUGAAGUAAUCGACGUCGAAGGGAUUUAUUCGUAACAACUUGAGAGAAUUCGUCGCUUAAUUCAAGAUGAAAGCAUCUUCUUCGUCUGAAAAUGCUUGCGAUGGCUUCCUCGAGCAUUUCUCGGCAAUUUUUGAUAAUUAUAACUAUUUUCGACGAUUAUAUAACCGUUUUCCUUGUUGUUAUUUGUAUCAGUCUUUUACCAGGCAAUUCUCCCGAGACUGGUUUUUAUACUGGUUACAUAUUUUUAUCAAUGUUUAUACGCGUUGCGCCGGCGAUAUUACCGGAUAUAAUCCCUAUGAAUGGGAUUACACAUGUUUAUAAUCGACUUAUAACGUGCAUUAAUAAACGUUUUAUGACAG